CGUCCUUUCGACUGCCCCAACCUGCCAGCAGAGCAUGGUAACUGCACCAUUGAGCAAUCGUCUUCGCAUCCCGUACUGCAGAUUGGAAGCUUGCUCGAAAUACCUCAUAGAUAUACCUUAUCACGGAGGAACCCCUCAAACGCUUCGCAAGGGCACAGCUCGUCGAAUGCAAGGGGCAAGCGGCUCGCAGAGCUGCUCUCACACAAGAUCACAAGGAGGCCAAGCACCUACGCCGACAGCAACACGCCCCGGCAGCGCAGUUCUGAUCUUGGAGCUUCGGAUCAAGCACGCGGAUGAUGGGCGCAACCGCAUCAUGAGAGGGUGACCACGCGCAACACCAUGCCAGCUCAGAGUCUGGAUAUAAUGGAG